AUGUCUCCAGCCAAAAGAAAAGUUAAGAAAUCAACUGAGGGUCAUAGAGAUAAUAAAAAAGCUAGAGUGCAAUCAUCAUUAGAGAAUCUUGCUGAUUUAGCAAAAUCUAUUGUUGAAUAAGCAAAUAUAGAGGAAAGAGACAGCCAAACUGACAAUCAAUCCUCAGAAAGAGAUGAAGUACAGAGCCAAGAAGCAGUAGAUACAAAUGAACAAAGUGAAGAAGAAUUAGAUGCUGAAGAACCUGCUGAUGGAUUAGAUGAAGAUGAUGAAAAGGACAGUGCUUUCGAAAAUACAGUUCACUUAUCGACGUUCAUAGCUGAAUUAAGAACAAAGAAGAGAAAUAGUGUGAAUGCCAAUUUAAUUGCAGAAUCUUCUAGUAUAUUGGACAUAGAUCAUAACAGACCUUCCGCUGUUGAGGUCGUCAAGGUUUUCAGUAUUGAAAAGUAUGCCGUGAGGAUGCCGUUGAAUGAAAAUAAUGAUUUGAUCGUUGAUCUUACGGUCAAAUCAGGCAUGGGCAAGAACUUUGAUAUGUUUAGGCUAAUUCUUAAAAAGCAGGGGUUGGAGGAUUUCUUUAGGAAAAGCUGUUUGGGGGUGUAUCUAGAUCUGCCUGAAGAGACCGGUGCACGGUUUCAAAUAAAAAUGGUAUAUGGGCUUAUGAAGCGUAGAAUUCUUUCGGAUGCAAAGGAUGAGCUUUGGAUUAAUUAUUGUGGCAUGCCGGUGUGCUUUGGCUUGAAAGAGUUUGUCAUAGUUACUGUCCUUAGAUGUCAUCCUUGUGAGCUUCCUACUGUUGUAUUGAAUAAGCCAACCCGGACUAGCAAGACAGCCAAAGAAGCCAAGAAAGUAGGAAAGGGUGGAAAAGAUAAGAAUGAAACUGGUUUGGUGGAGUUAGUUGGAAAAAUCUACAAAGGAGAUAAGUUGCUUGUAUAUUUGCAGUCCAAAACCAUGUCAAAAAACCAUAAGCAGUCCUUGUGUUUAGUUUGGUUUGUGCACUGUGUUCUUAUGGCAAAAGAUACAAGUCUGAACAUACCACUUGGUUUGGUUAAACUUGCGGAGGACUAUGAGGCAUUCAACAACCAUGGAUGGGGCCGGGAAAGCUUCAAGUUGACUGUUGACUAUUUAUCGAAAGAGCUUAAUCCAACAGUGAAAACUGUCAAUCUAUAUGGCUUCCCUUGGGCUUUCAUGGCUUGGGCAUUUGAAGCCAUUCCUCACCUCCGACAACAAGUGAAGGACUACCCUUCAGAAGUGUCUUUUCCAAGAAUGCUUAGAUGGCUGACUGCAAAGAACAACACAAGAUUGAGUGUUGAUCUUUUUAACCCUCCUUUGGAAGAGGUUGUGCACCCGUGGCUUGUCCCGACAGUACGGGAGUUGGAGAUGACAUUCCUUGCUUCCUUUGAGCCCUUACAAUCUGUUCCUGAUAAAAUGAUUGAGGGGAUGAAAUUAGAAUUGGCUGGAGUGACAGCCAUCAAAAGGGAAUCAGUUGUGGUAGAUGUUGGUGGUGGUGGUGUUAUUACUGGUGGUCAACCUGUUGUUGGUGAAGUUGCGGCAGAAAUUGCCGGUGAAAAAAAUAAUAGAUGAUGAUGUUGAUUUUGGUAGACAAACUCCAAUUGGUGAUGUUGUUGGUGGACAAACUCCAAUUGGUGGUGAUGUUAGUGGACAAACUCCAAUUAAUGGAGAUGUUAGUUGUGGCGGAUUUGGUAGUAGAUUUUCCUUUGAUGGUGCCGACACAUCGAAAUGUGCUUGUGAAUGCACCUAUUGCAAGCGACGAAUGGAUGAUUUGAUAAAAAAUGUUGAGGAGUUGGUGAACGCACAAAAAGACACAAAUUCUGCUUUACAGAGUUUGUUAUCCAAGAGGGGUGUCAAUCCAUCCAAGAAGCUGACCUUACCCUAUACUCCUAUUCGCAUUCGCAAGAAGGGAAAAGCAAUUUCCAGGGCAUUUGCCGAUGUUAGGUCAAAGAAAUCUUCUACACCCCACAAGGCAGUUGUUGUUGUUGAUCUUAAAAAGGUAAAUGUGUAUAAGUAUGCAGAUGCUCAAAAAAUGAAAAAACUUGAAAAAUUCGUCAAUGCCAAGAAGGGCAAGGGUACGAUGUAUUCAUUGCAUGAAUUUAAGGCCGAUGACUUCAGGAUAAUGACAAGUAUGGAAGAUUGGCGGCUGGCCAGUUAUGUUGAUGAAAUUAUGCUCUUAAUGCGUGUGAGGCAAAGCAGUUUCACUGAGCACUAUGCUUCCACAGACAUAAUCUUGGAUCUCAACUUUUACAAUAUCAUGCUCAAGCGAUACACAGAGUUGUCGGAUGAAAGCACACAGCCGGAAGUUAUUCCAUUCUAUCAAAUGCUUGAUGAUUUUAUAUGGGAUGAUGAUGUUAUCGCUUACUGUAGAGGUACUGUAGCAGCCAAAGGUGGUCGCGAGUGAGUUGUUUUUCCGCAUAGCCCUCUUUGUCCACCUUCUUCCGUGUUUGCUAGAACUUAAAAGCUUCACGUCCCUUGGCCACCAUUUGCACUUCAGAUGUUCACAUCUAAAGCAAUACACAUUUCGCGAAUUGAAUGACAUUCCUUUAUAAAAACCUGUUUCAUCAUCUUGAACAUGGCUGGACUGUGAAGAUUGUGCAGCACACGGUAUAUUACUCGCAAGUUCGGGUAUAGGGAUCGGCUCCCCCCCCCCCCCCCACUUCCAUGGGGCUUCGCACUUCUAUUAUCUGUAAUAUCCAUAAUCCACCCCUUCCAAUUUAUCAUUUAAUACAUCUUGUUGGUCUUGAGAUAAAUUAUGGUUCUCGACCGGGCUUCCAACCACGUAUACCCUUAAAAUGGGCCUAGCUACAUCUUUCAAAUAAGUACUCAAACGACUCUGAUCUGUUAUCUUAAAA